CCUGUGUUGUUAAUAAAGCUUUGGUUGAACGUCGUGUGUGAUCAUUGUGGAAGAAGCGUGUGAGAGGAACACUAGCCUCUCUAACAGGAUCAUUUAGAACAGACCGAGUGUCUCUUGUUUUUUCUAUCUCUCUUCAGUAUUCCGGUACCGAGUGAACCGUGAAGACAGACAUCAUGCAGAGAGCGACUGGGACACCGUGACAGUGUUGAGGAAGAAGGGCCCGACUGCUGCCAUGGCCAAAUCCAAGCAGGCAAUCACUGCUGCUCAGAGACGUGGGGAGGACGUUGAGACAUCCAAGAAAUGGUCUGCAGGACAGAACAAACAGCAUCUCGUGACAAAGAACACAUCCAAGCUGGACCGGGAGACAGAGGAGCUUCACCAUGACAGGGUCCCCCUGGAGGUGGGCAAGUACAUUCAGCAAGGCAGGCAGGACAAAGGUCUGACCCAGAAAGACCUGGCCACUAAAAUUAAUGAGAAGCCUCAAGUCAUUGCGGACUAUGAGUGUGGGAGAGCAAUUCCCAACAACCAGGUGUUGGGCAAGGUAGAGAGAGCAAUUGGGCUGAAACUGCGUGGGAGGGAUAUUGGCCUACCCCUGGAGGCAAAACCCAAGAAGAAAUGAACACAAAGCCUCGAAAUCAGCCUUCCCUUGUCCCAUCUUUCCUUGUUUCCCCACCGUCAAAAUCUCUCCUCCUCUCUCCCCCAUCCCUCCCUCCCGUUACCUGGGCUGAUCUCACCUGUGUCCUGCCUGAGGACCUGGUGCUCCAUUGCAUUACAGGCUGCAUACUCAAACAAUUUCUUGAUCACAUAAUCAAAUGAAUGAUUGUACGAACGAACGAUCGAAAUCAUUUUUCAACGUCACACACUCAAAGUUCUCUGACUCUUCUUUUCACCUCUUUCUGCUUAGGCUUUGGCAUGAUAAAUUCAACUUUUUGAUAUUAAUGUAAAACUCAUUUAAAAAGUGGAAUUAUUUUUCAUGACCAAACAAAGUAGUUUGACUCACGUAAACUCUGAGCAUGAUAUUAAGCCCAAAGUGCUUGAUUGCAUCUUUUUUCACACACUUGAGACAGUGGGUGGAUGUCAUAGCAGUGUUGAAAUGUUUUAAUACUGUGCUUUGUUUUGAUCUCAAAAAUAAAGUUUGGCAGUUCGUGACA